UUCCGGUGCGCGAGGUUUGUUUUCGAAGCAGAGCAGCAAACUGGAUGUUUGACUCUUAUUAAAACUUCUCUAUCAUCGUGGUUUUAAUUAUUUGUCGUCAACCUUUUGUCAAGAGUGUCAUCACGACAUGAAAGUCAACUCUCUCGUACACUUACCAUGGUGUGCCACAUAACAAACUUUAGGGAUUACAUAAAUCAACUGGAAUGGAUUUACCCUCAAAAAACAUGUACGACACAUACAAAGAUGAAAUCUGGCAAGAGCUGGGACCCCUGGACCCUGACUGGUUUGAGGCACUGACAGCUCAAACGUUCACUAACGAGGGAAAUGUCUCUGAUCAAGAUGACCUGUGUGCCAACCAAGAGGGACAUUUUAAAACACCCUUUGACAGAACUGCAGUAGAAAGUCAGCUGUUUUCAACCCCCAAAGUCUUUAGACAUAGGCGAGUUGUGUCUCCUGAAACUGAGGAUGAGCAGUCAUUCGCUGGUGAACAAGAAAAAGAAACAUUGCCAUGGACAGCAACACAAAGUCCAUAUUUGUUUCGGAUGUCAAAAGAAGGGAGCCGGGGUGCAAAAUAUGAAGGUUUCCCCCCUCAGAGUCAGGACAGUUUUGAUCUGCUUCAUACCCCACAAAAAUCCCCAGUCAGCUAUGGCAAGCGUGUAUCUGAAAGUCUCGGAGCACAGAUUCAUUGUGACAUGUCAUGGACCAGUUCUCUGAAUACUCCACCACCGUCCACUCUGAUUUUAUCUAAAACAGAUGCAAGUCCAUGUCCAGUGAGUCUUUCGGACGAAAAAAAUGUUGUUUUUGUACGGAAGCUUUUCCCUUCUCUUUCAAAUGCAUCCAGAGUUGGAAUUGUGUCACCCAUCAAGAAUGACAUACCUAAUGUUCACCAAGGUGUUGUUUUCCCUGAGCCUGGUCAGAAUCCAGGUUCCCACCACUCCCCCCAGAAUUCACUGAAUCAUCUUGACGCUGUUUGGAAACAGACGCUACCAGAUGCUAUUGAGGAUGGAGAUACACACAGAAGUGUAGCAAGUGUUCUUGAUGGCGCUGAAAAUGAUCUCUCUAUAUUUUUCACCAACAGUAGUUCAGCACUGAGAAAAGUAAAAACUGAAAGAAUCAAAAGAAAGCAAAUCAUCCCGACAAAAGGACAUGACUGCAGCUCUGCGGAGACCUCACCAACAAGCAGUGCUGCGUCCAGUGAACAGAGAACAGCUGAUCAGGCGCCUUGCAGGCUUCCCUCACCCCCACCAGUAAAAACUGGAACGGUUGGAAUCACCCAGUGGUCUCCGUUGAGUUUAUCUGAAAUUUCACAUUGUACUGUGGAUACUUCUUGCCAUGAUAAUAAUCCUGUUAAACAAGUGGAAAACAAUAUUUUAACAGAACAACUGCAGAGUGAUGCUGGCCAGCUAGUCAGGCCACCUAUGAAACUUGCAGACUCUGGAUUCACUAAGAAAAAGAGAACAUUUGUUUACUCUGUUAAGACUUCAAAAACGCAGGUUCCAGUAAAAGAAACACCGUCUCGGAAGAUGGACUCAUCCCCAGGGAUUCCAGACUUCUCUGGACAAGAAGUUAAUGUGAAGCAGUUGAGGAAAUCCCCAGAUGAAGCAGACUGUUGCAGUAAUGGGAAGAAUGAGAUGCAAAAACAAGGCAAUCUUUCUGAAGAAAAUCUGCCUCCCUCUGUACAAGCAAAAGUCCAAGACUUGGACAUGUCGCAGCUUUGCAAAGAUUUUGCUCAAGACUUCAGUCAAAUGUCAGACCCCGUCAAACUGAGUAGAAUAGCAGAGGAUCCUCCUCAAAAUGGCUUCUCUCCAUCAGCUUGUCUGUCAGCCUUGAAACAAGCUAAGAAGAAAGCAAUGCAAGUGAACCUUCACCAUGACUGUGAUGCCGUCAGUAACAGAAGACAGGUUUCUACCACUAAUAAAAAUAACCCCAUUGAUGAGGGCGCGAUAAGUGACAGUGGAUUCCAGUCAGCUGUUGUAGAUAGCACUCAUGUGGCCGCAUCAUCAUUUCUUCUUCCCAGCUCAGAGAUCAAUAGUCAAAGUCAACAGUGGACUGGCUUUAAGACUGAUAUCCACAGGACCAGUCCUUUCACAUCUACCAAUAAAGGAAACGGAGAAGCACAUUUGGAUGAUAUAUUACCAGAAGCUGAAAUGCAUGGCAAGCUGUCCAGUGCAAUCAAGGAAAGGCAGACACCGCGUCCCAGCAACGAGACACAACUACUCAGCAAUGCUAAAGGAACUGUUGAUAACAUGAAUUGCAUUCCGCUUAAUGGUCAAGUUCAUGAGAGUCUGCUAGAGAAAACAGUUUAUCCUCCUUCCGUCCAUGCAUCAGGAUUCAAAACCGCUUCAAAUAAGGGUAUACACAUUUCCUCAGCCAACCUGGAGAGAGCCAAACGUCUCUUAGAAGAGACUAAGGAAGAAAUGACUUUAAGUGAUCAGCCUACCAAAUGUGCACAUGAUACUAAAGAUGAAAUGAGCAUGAGUGAUGGGCCAGUGAAAAAUCCAACCACUAACUCAAACCAACCUCUAUCUUAUAGUGAAAAAAAUGCAGAUAUCAGUUGCCAGUUAACAGCUUCACAGAAAGCAGAUGUGACUGAGCUGUGCACUCUCUUGGAAGAAGCAGACAGCCAGUUUGAAUUUACACAGUUUAAAACAGUAAAGCUGAAACAACACUGUCAAGAUAAUGCCACCGCCCCCAAAGAAGUUGACAAAGAACUUGACCCGGAUUUUCUUUCAGGUAUAGAUUUUGAUGACAGUUUUAGUUCAGAAGCUGAAAAACAUCUGGCAGUAACUGUGAUUCAUGAGAAAAUGGCCUUAGUUUCAGAUGGUAAACCAAACAGCGACACAUCUAACAUCACAAGUAAAUGCACAGGUUUGCCAUUGUCGAGUGCAAUGAAAACAGAGAAUUCCUCUCCUGAAGACAUGUCUUUCUCUUCAAAGCACAUCUCUGAAGACAGUGGCGGUAUUGUGUCAGCUGAACCCAAAAGUCUUGACAGACAUGGGCCGACUAAAACAAGCCAGCUACAGUACAAAAAUCCUUUAAUGCUUGGGGGUGUGGGAUUCAAGACUGCAGGAGGAAAUGUUUUGAAAGUUUCAAAAAAGUGUCUGAGCAAAGCUAGAGCUUUGUUUGCAGAUUUAGAGGAGAAUCUUGUGACAAGUCAAAACCCACCUGGCAAACAAAAUAGCAAAUCCGAUGCUAAAACCCUGCAUAAGUGCAGUGUGGAUAAUCACACUGGUGACCUUUUGCAUCGUCAAAAGGAUAAUUCAAAAUUCACAGAUGAUUCCGGAGAAAGGGUUCAGAGCUGUUUUUCCAACGCGAUGGAGUCUGUCUGUUCAGACAGAAAACCACGCAGAGAUGAAGAUACAAUAAAAACUUUGAACAGCAGCAUAACAGACAAAACCACGCAUCAAAGGGGGUUCCAGAUGGCCAAUGGGAAAGGGAUUUCUAUUUCAGCGAAAGUUAUGCAAGAGGUAGAUUCUUUCUUCAAAGACUGUGAAGUUAUUGGUGGUAAUGCUGCCAUGUCAGUUAAGCCUAAAAAGAGCAUACCCUUGCCUGGAGUUGUCAGUCUUAAGGAAACCCUUCCAAAAGGUAAAAAGGGUCAAGGGAUAAAAGAAAACCUUUCUGAAGAAACAACCAAUGAGUUUGAAAAUGUGAAUGGUGGUCCAGCUGCACGCCAUACAGAUGUUGUGCUACAUAAUAUGGACAAUCACAAUUUUGGUGAGAGUACACUGGCUUUAACAAAUGCAGCCUCUUUCCGUGAAAACCCUUCUUCAACUGCAAAGGCACAUUCAUCUCUCUCAGGCACAACAUCAAAAAGGACUGGCUCCUCUGCCAUCAGUGAAGUGAGCGAUGGAGGUGGAUUUUGUUUAGCCAGUGAGACGAAAGUAUCUACGUCAGCUGAUUCAAUGAAAAAAGCAGAGCAUCUUUUGAAUGAAAUUCAUCCCCUUGAUGACGCAAACAAACCAAAACAAAAAGGAGACGCUUUAAGAACAGGCCAUCUCAACAAUCAAAUUGAGGUUCGACCAUCUAAAAAUGGGAGCUUUCAGUCAGCCAGUGGCAAACGAGUGGCCAUUUCCACUGCAGCUCUCAGGAAAGCCAAACUGUUGAGUGAAUGGGAUAAAGUUGAAGAUAAGAUCUGUCUAAAACCAACACAUUCCAAGAUGGCAGUCCCUGGUCCACUAUCCAGGAAUAGUGGAUUUCUUGCAGCCAAUGGUAAGCCAGUAGCAUUUUCAUCUGAGGCCCUCCAGAAGGCAAAAGCUCUAUUCAGUGACAUCAGCUUGACUGCAGAGAUCCCAGCUGUUCCAGACACAAGGAACAGUGACCAGAAACAAGACAAUGCUGACAAUACAGAGAAAAAACAUUGUGAUUUCACAACUGCAGGGGGAGCAAAAGUCCAUGUGUCACAGAAAAGUCUGUUAAAAGCAAAAAACCUUUUGGAAGAAUUUGAUGCCAUGUCAGUAAAACAUGAGAAAAGUAUAGCAUCUGUGAGUGGAUGUGGCAUUGGGAAGAAAAACCUUUCAAAAUUUAAAAAAGAUCACAAGGUGUCAAUAAAAAUGCCUGAAGAGCCUGGAGGUGGGCGCACUGAGUUUGAAAAUGUGAGCGUGGGAUCAGUUGUAAACCAUGAAAAGAUGAUGCACCCUGAUGACGUGGAGAUUCACAAAGAUGUUAAGAACACAUUGGAUUCUACCAAAGCACCUUCUUUACAUGGAAACCCAACUUUGAUGACAGAGCAACUUUCUCUCAAGUUGUGCACAACAUCAAUGGAUUCCUCAGCCAACAUUGAAUUGAGCAAAGGUGGUGGUUUCUCUACAGCCAGUGGGAAGAAAGUAUCUGUUUCAGAUGAUGCACUGACAAAAGCAAAGUCUCGGUUGAAUGAAAGUGCUACGUUUGAGGACACAAACAAACAACUGAAACACAAAGAAGACAUCUUUCCAACACAGAACGGUGGAUUUCAGAUGGCCAGUGGCAAAGGAGUUACGAUUUCAUCUGCAGCUGUAAAGAAAGCAAAAACCCUUUUAAAUGAAUGUGAUAAAGUUGAGGAUAAAAUCUGUCUAAAACCAACACAUUCCAAGAUGGCAGUCCCUGGUCCACUAUCCAGGAAUAGUGGAUUUCUUGCAGCCAGUGGUAAGCCAGUAGCAUUUUCAUCUGAGGCCCUUCAGAAGGCAAAAGCUCUAUUCAGUGACAUCAGCUUGAGUGCAGAGAUCCCAGCUGUUCCAGACACAAGGAACAGUGGCAAGAAACAAGACAAUGCUGACAACACAGAUAAAAAACAUUGUGGUUUUACAACUGCAGGGGGAGCAAAAGUCCACGUGUCACAGAAAAGUCUGUUAAAAGCAAAAAACCUUUUGGAAGAAUUUGAGGAUGGUUCUAUUUCAGGAAAAGCAAUGCAAGAAGCAGAUGCUUUCUUCAAGGACUUUGACAUUAUGGAUGAUAACGAUGCCAUGUCAGUAAAACAUGAGAAAAGUAUAGCAUCUGUGAGUGGAAGUGGCAUUGGGAAGAAACACCUUUCAAAAUUUAAAAAAGAUCACAAGGUGUCAAUAAAAAUGUCUGAAGAGCCUGGAGGUGGGCGCACUGAGUUUGAAAAUGUGAGCGUGGGAUCAGUUGUAAACCAUGAAAAGAUGAUGCACCCUGAUGACGUAGGGAUUCACAAAGAUGUUAAGAACACAUUGGAUUCUACCAAAGCACCUUCUUUACACGGAAACCCAACUUUGAUGACAGGGCAACUUUCUCUCAAGUCGUGCACAACAUCAAUGGAUUCCUCAGCCAACAUUGAAUUGAGCAAAGGUGGUGGUUUCUCUACAGCCAGUGGGAAGAAAGUAUCUGUUUCAGAUGAUGCACUGACAAAAGCAAAGUCUCUGUUGAAUGAAAGUGCUACGUUUGAGGACACAAACAAACAACUGAAACACAAAGAAGACAUCUUUCCAACACAGAACGGUGGAUUUCAGAUGGCCAGUGGCAAAGGAGUUACGAUUUCAUCUGCAGCUGUAAAGGAAGCAAAAACCCUUUUAAAUGAAUGUGACAGAGUUGAGGAUAAGAUCUGUUUAAAACCAACACAUUCCAAGAUGGCAGUCCCUGGUCCACUAUCCAGGAAUAGUGGAUUUCUUGCAGCCAGUGGUAAGCCAGUAGCAUUUUCAUCUGAGGCCCUUCAGAAGGCAAAAGCUCUAUUCAGUGACAUCAGCUUGAGUGCAGAGAUCCCAGCUGUUCCAGACACAAGGAACAGUGGCAAGAAACAAGACAAUGCUGACAACACAGAUAAAAAACAUUGUGGUUUUACAACUGCAGGGGGAGCAAAAGUCCACGUGUCACAGAAAAGUCUGUUAAAAGCAAAAAACCUUUUGACAGAAUUGGCCGAUGGGGAGUGUCACUCAAACUCAUGCUCAACAAGCCCACAUGACACCCAUAAGUCAGAUCUAUCGAAAGAUGUGAAAAUAACUUUGAGUUGUAAUCUCAGCCCUGAGGAGGAAAUGUCAAGUGUGCUGGACGGUGAAAUAGAUCAGACAAGCAGCAGCGAGGGAUCUAAUGUCAAAAGGCCACAAGAAUCUUCAGUAGUAAACUUUCAGUCACUCAACCUAGGUGGCUGCACUGAAACCCAGCAGAGGUUUUUUGCCCAGGAAGCUCUGGACUGUACUAAAGCUUUGUUAGAGGAUGAAAGUCUAGCUGGUCAAAGUCUCUCAAUGACUUUAGAAAAUGUGCCACUGCAAGAAAACCCGGAAUUCAGCCACAGAUCUGCAGAGGAACAAAAAGGACCUGGGAAAAGAUCAGUCGAAGACCCAGAUAUGACUGGUCAGCCUCCCCUAAAAAGAAGAUUACUGGAAGAAUUCGACAGAACUGUCGAUGGCCCAAGAGGUUCAACCCUCCAUCCGGACAAAAGUUUUCCAAAUGAUAUAAUGAAAGACAGGAGGGUUUUCAAGUACAGCGUGUCUCUCCAUCCAAACAUCACCAGGCCACACAGGAAUGGAAAGAAUUAUGUGGAAACCACAUUGCAAAAGACAAAAUCAACACAACAAUCAACCCCAGAAGACAGCAGAUCAGCACAUUCCAAGAUGCCAGUGUUCGUUCCUCCAUUCCUCAAGGAUGCAAAGACAGAGCAUCACAAGAAUCCAGUGCUUAAGAACACAAAAACACCUACUUCAUUUGUUCCUCCAUUCAAAAAGCAAUUAACUGUUGUCCAAGAGAGCUCCUCUAAACCCCAGGGGGAAGCACCCUUUAACAGCAUCACUUAUGUACCGCCCACUAAAAAAACACAAAGCAAUACAGAUGUAACUGGUAAUAAAAGCAAAGAAGACAUUCAGAUGGUGGCCUCGGCUGACACUACUAAUGAUAAUCUGCUAAAUAAUCAAAACUUUCCUGUUAGCUGUGGAUCCCUGGACUCUGCUGCAGAGGCAUCACGUGUGGAGGACACAGUGUCCACAAGCCAAGACAUGUUUCAGGAGCUUCAUAAUAUAGAGCUGGCACGAGAUAUGCAAGACAUGAGGAUCAGGAAAAAGAAGCGCCAGACCAUUCGACCUUUGCCGGGGAGUUUGUUUCUAAUCAAAACAUCAGGAGUGUCGAGGAUACCAUUAAAGGCUGCAGUCAAUGGAAAGCCUCCUGCAAGAUACACCCAAAAACAGCUGUAUGGACGUGGAGUCCAUCAGCAUGUGUAUGACAUCACCAGUGAGACUGCAGAAUCUUUUCGCUUCAGUUUACGGCAGUUCCUCAAACAGGAAGCCUUUAUAGACGACGGUGGUGUUAUGCUUGCUGAUGGGGGAUUGCUGAUCCCCAGCAAUGAUGGGACUGUAGGGAAAGAAGAGUUUCAUAGAGCAUUAUGUGACACCCCAGGUGUGGACCCUAAACUGAUCAGUGAGGGCUGGGUGUACAAUCACUACCGAUGGAUUGUAUGGAAGCAGGCCUCCAUGGAAAGAUCAUUUCCAGAAACAAUGGGCAGCCUCUGUCUCACCCCAGAGCAGGUCCUCCUACAACUGAAGUACAGAUAUGAUGUAGAGGUGGACCACAGCCGCAGGCCGGCUCUGAGAAAGAUUAUGGAAAAGGACGACACAUCAGCCAAAACCUUGGUCCUCUGUGUUUGCGGGGUCGUCUCCAGGGGCCAGACCCUAAACAAACAAAGUCUCAAUGACACUAAGACUCCACAAGAGGCUGAUGCCAAGGUUGAAAACCCAUCUGCAGUUGUCUGGCUGACAGAUGGAUGGUACGCCAUUAAAGCCCAGCUGGAUGAACCUUUGACUGCCAUGCUUAACAAAGGGCGAGUGGCUGUUGGUGGGAAGUUGAUCAUCCAUGGAGCUACGCUGGUGGGGUCUCAAGAUGCUUGCUCCCCUCUGGAGGCACCUGAAUCUCUCAUGUUAAAGAUUUGCGCCAAUAGCAGCAGACCCACUCGAUGGGACGCUAAGCUGGGAUUUCACAGGGAUCCACGGCCAUUCCUGCUUCCUGUCUCCUGUUUGUACAGCAACGGAGGACCAGUAGGAUGUGUGGACAUUAUCAUUUUGAGAAGCUACCCCAUCCAGUGGAUGGAGAGGAAACCAGACGGAGGCGUAGUGUUCCGUUCUGAUCGUGCUGAAGAGAAGGAGGCGAGACGAUACGACGGCAACAAACAAAAAGCUAUGGAGAUCUUAUAUGCCAAGAUUCAAGCUGAAUUUGAAAAGGAGGACAAAGGAAAUAAACCUCAACAUAGAAGACGGACGUUCACCCGACAGGAGAUUUCAAGUCUUCAAGAUGGAGAUGAGCUGUAUGAAGCAGUGGGGAAUGACCCAGCUUACCUCGAGGCUCAUUUGAGUGAAGAGCAGUUGGAGACUCUGCGUACCUUCCGGUGUUCUCUGAUGGAGAAGAAGCAGGCGGUCCUGCAGGAUCGCUACCGGCGAGCUUUAGAAAGUGCAGAGGACAGCGAAGGUAUAUGUCCCAAGCGAGAGGUUACACCUGUGUGGAGACUCUGCGUUGCUGACUCCAUGGACCAACCAGGCAGUGUUUACCAGUUGAAUCUUUGGCGACCUUCUUCGGAUCUUCAGUCUUUAGUGAAGGAAGGCUGUCGAUACAAAGUCUAUAACCUCACCACUUCGGAUGGAAAGAAACAUGGUUGUAGCACAACCGUUCAGCUGACUGGGACAAAGAAAUCACAGUUUCAGGACCUACAGGCUUCUCAGGAACUGUUAGCAACACAUUUUCAACCGAGGGUCUCUACCCGUUUUGUGGAUCUUCAAAACCCAGAAUUCCAGCCGCUGUGUGGAGAAAUUGAUCUCACAGGUUACGUCAUUAGUAUCGUUGAUGGGCAGGGUUUCUCUCCUGCAUUUUAUUUGACCGAUGGGAAGCUGAACUUUGUUAAAGUGCGCUGUUUCAGCAGCUUUGCUCAGGCUGGCUUGGAAGAUUUGGUAAAACCACAUGUCCUCUUGGCUCUGAGCAACCUGCAGCUGAGAGGUCAGUCCACAUCUCCCACUCCCGUUGUGUACGCUGGAGAUCUGACCCUCUUUUCAACAAACCCCAAGGAAGCACAUCUGCAGGAAUCCCUCAGCCAACUCAAAAACCUGAUCCAGGGUCAGGAGAACUUCCUUCCAAGUGCUGAGGAGAAGUUUUCACAUUUAGUCCAAUCUGAUGGCCUAAAGUCCAUCUCCUCUCCAGCUCUGCAAACACGAACCCCAGCUUCUGCAUCGGUCGGAAGACAAGACACAAGAACAAGUGUGACCCCUCAGCAGCCAGUCAAAAGCCUUGGAGCAUUCACACCGGUCAGUAGGAAACCUCCUGCAGCAAACUGUUUGUCAGAGAAAGACCCCGUCAGCCUGAAGAGGAAGAGAGCUCUGGACUAUCUGUCUCGCAUCCCGUCUCCGCCAUCUCUCUCCCAUCUUGGCUCAGUGGCGUCUCCAUUUAUAAAUAAGACAUUCAACCCCCCUCGGAGGUCUGGGACACCUUGCACUUUAAAAACUGUACAGACUCCAGCUUGCAAACCCACCAAUCCACCCGUGGAGGAUGAUUGGGUGAAUGAUGAAGAACUGGCUAUGAUUGAUACUCAGGCAUUGCGUGUUGGUAAUUUACUGUAGGAGUGUAACUUAACUGUAAAAAAAACAAAACUGUACAAAUGUGUGAAUGUAAAAGCUGUGUAUGGCAUAUAUUCUGUGGUUGUUUUUGUGGUCUCAUUGGACCCAUUAAAGAAGUGAAAUCAC